UUCUUUAUAAAAUGGUACCUUAAAAUAGUUUAAAGUUGAUCUGAUAUGGAAAUGUACGAGAGCAUUCUUUGUCUGGGCAGAGGGGGAUCAGCAGACGUAUUUCUAAUGAAACAUGUAGAAUCCAAGUACCUGCAUGCAGUGAAGAGAAUUCAAACUGAUGACUCUCACAAGACAAGAACAAAGGGGGCAAUCCUACAGGAAGCUGAAAUCAUCAGGAGACUGAAGCACCCCCACAUUGUAAAGUUCAAAGAGGCUUUUCUGAACUCAAAGGAUGACUGUAUCUAUAUAGUUAUGGACUACUGUGAUGGUGGAACAUUGGAUGACAAAGUCAAAGAGAGAAGCACGGAUAACUAUUUCACAGAGAACAUUAUCAUGGGAUGGUUUGUACAAGUCGCCAUGGCCGUAGACUACAUACACAUGGCCAAAAUACUACACAGGGACAUUAAAACCUCCAACAUGCUGCUGACAAAGGGAAAUGUGGUGAAGGUGGGUGACUUUGGGAUAUCUAAGAUAAUGACCAACACAGUGGACAUGGCUCGUACGUGCGUUGGCACGCCCAGUUACCUGAGCCCGGAGUUGUGUCAGGACGUCCCAUACAGCUCCAAGUCAGACAUCUGGGCUCUUGGCUGCUUACUGUUCGAGCUCUGCUCUCUCAGUCCGCCCUUUACGGCCUCUAAUCUCCUGAGUCUGUUCUACAAGAUCAUCAAAGGACAGUCCAGGCCUGUGCCAGACGUGUUCUCAGACAACAUCUCCUCCCUGAUUCAGAGGAUGCUCUGCCCUGCUCCAGAGAGCAGACCAAGCGCCACUUCCAUACUGGGCACCGCCUACGUCCAGGAGCAUGUCAGAGAGUUCCUCAGAGAGAGGGAGACAGAGUUCCGAAUGGGUGUGGAUUCCGAAUCCAUACAGCCCUCGAUUGGGAACUGUGGUUCCCCAGGCACAACCUUCAGUGUUGAGGAGAGCGGGAGGAAAGCCUGGGAAGGAGGGCCCACGGACAGGACAGCAGCCUCUGUUCCCCUCAAACUGGGCCCUGAGCAGCACAGAGAGGAGCAUGAGGAGGAAGGGACAGGCAUCCCAGUGGAGCCCUGCAUCCGCAAGGCUGAAGUCACGGAGGACGACGUCAGCGAUGAGGGAAGAUCUGACUACUCGUCGGACUUUGAUGACGACCAGAGCGUGUCGUCUGUAGAGGAGCACAGGGAUCAGGGACAGUGCAUCCCCGGGAACUCUCCCAAGGAAGACCUCUCUAUGGAAUCUGAUGUUAGUCCUGACGGAGCCAGGCGGGGGGAGUAUCCUGAUGACUUUGAAGAGGAGGAAGAGGAAGAUGCCAUGGGUGUUGUUCACAGUGCCCGUGCUGCCCUGGCGCUGACGGCGGAUGGAUGUGGGGAUGUUUUGGAGGAGGAGUGUCACCUGAGAGAUGCCGGGGGAUGGCCCGUCACUCUGAAGACACUUAGGGAGAAGUGCAUCAUGGAUGACGUCGGCCUCUCGCUUUAUGAGGAAAUCAGAGAACACUUUGAGAAUGGCUUGAGUCCCCAAGACCUGAAACCACAGUUUGAGCACACACUCAGACUAGACACACUGGAGACUUGCCAUCUCAUAUUCACUAUUGACCAAGAGGCAGAGUAGAACAGCCCCACUGACAGCAAAUAGAAGAAACUAAGCAGGACACAGGAUGACCUCACCUUAUCAUAAAAUGACAUUUAAAGUGUCUCUUGACAUUAGAAUGGCAGGGCUAUUUUAUUGGCUGUACAACCCUAAGCCAUGAUCAUGUAUCUGACCCUAAAUGAAUUAAUAACAGAGAUGUUGUAUGUUGUUAUGGAAUUGGAAUGGAAUUAUGGAAGAGAAUCAAUCGUUAAACUGAGUUGGGUAAAUUAUAAAGUCAAGUUUAUUGAACAGCACAACCAAUAUACCAACGUCACCAUCAUCGACACACAAACAUAAGACAAUAACACAAUACCACAUUCAUUUCACAUACAACCUCAAAUGAUUUGACAUACCAUACACGAGAGGGAUGUUU